CCCUCCCUCCCUGCGUCACUCAUCACCAAAGCGUACCUUCCCAGUGCCUCGUUCACAACUGGCCGUGAUGGCUUAGUGGCUGAUCUUCUACACUGUGGCGUUGGAGAAGAGCACUGUGCUUACCUAACGCUGCGAGGAGAGGAAUAAGGAAGUGGAAUUGAGAAGAAAGAGGCAAAGCUACCAUUUCACUAUACUUCAUCAGGAUGUCGGCAACGGAAAACAUGGACCUCUCCGUAUUGAAAGAGGUGAAAGAUGAGCAUAUACCGCAAAUGCUGUUUCUCGCCGUCAAUCCCACUACACUGGGGGAGGAGCCUAUGGAGGUUGCCUCAACGCCCACCUACACAGACGGAGGCGCAUUGGGCAUGGGUUACGUUCCUCCCACCGGGGAUGUAAGCAGCGACGGCGGUUCAGAACCGAUCCAGAGACUCAUUCUCAAAUUUGAGGCGGCGCUACGGAACCAAAACAUCACCCCUGUGCGGCGCGAGCUACACCUGAGACUGCUGAAGUCAUCUAUGUUGGAGAUACCAAAUGGCAACGAUCUCAGCACCCUCGAGAGCAACUUUUCAGACGAAGUGGACCAGCUGAGUAGCAACGAGGAGGACGUGCUGGAGUUUACGGAGAUCUUCGAGAGACUGAAAUACGAGAUACCAAAAGAAAUCAGGGACCGAUUCAACCAGAUCGUGACUAGCAAGAAAAUUCCCUUCAGAAAAGCUGAAGGCAGCAAGAAAAAGACAUUUUUCGUAUACGCAGAAAACAAGAUUCUGAUGAAGGUGUGUAACAGCCUUUCUGCUCUGGAGGUGUACCAGAUGUAUAUGAUACUCUCAGAGAGCAAGGUGGUAGAGGAAGACGACGCCAUGAAGGACUUCUUGUCUCAACCGUGUGUGUCUCCCGAGGCCCUGGAGAACGUGAAGGGACUUAAGGACGUGGCUUUCUACUACUUCAUCCUUACACUUAUGAGGAAGAAGAUGAUAAACCGCCUCUAUACACACAAACUGUACUUCCUCCUGGAGAAGUUGAAGCACAUCCUGGUGAAAGAUAAGAAAAAAUGCAUCCACGUCGACAGAGCCCUACAGAUGCUCAACAGGUAUCCUAUCGCCUCGCAUCCGCCCGGACUCUGUCUCAUCUUCCAUAUGAAUGAAAACCGCAUCGGUGCCUCCAAAGACAUGAACCGGGUGCGUGAGCUGUUCGAGAAGGUGUUCAUGUACGACGUGUUCGUGAAGGUCGAUCCCACCGCCGAGCAGAUCAAGUCCAUCAUCAGCAAACUGAAGGCUGCCAGGAACAAAUUCUACGAUAGCCUGGUGGUGUGGUUCAUGGGUCACGGCAGCAAGACGUACUUGAACGUGAAAGAAGGACAGAUCCAUCGCCGGCUUGACUUGAUAGAACCUUUCACGGAGAUCGAGUGGUUCUUCAAGAAGCCCAAACUGUUCUUCAUCCAAGCCUGUGCUGUCAAGGAUAACCGCAAGAGAUUUUCUUCCUCGUCAGGACAGGACCUGAAGUCUCGCUCAACACAAAUGGACUCUGUUGGUUGGAAGGCACCGGCGGGGAUAAGGUGGCAAGAGAAAUAUGCUGACUACACUGAUGUGUCAAACAUCAACUGCUUUGCUGACACGCUCAUCUCCUACGCAACAAUGUGGUACCAGCCGGCGGCACGCGACGCGGAGGGUUCCCUCUACGUGGACACUCUAGUGGACCAGCUGCGUGAUCAUGGUAGCUACGAGAGCAUCGAAAACGUCCUGCGUCGCGUGCAUUACAACGUGAACACCGUGAGUCUACUUCACAAAGAGCCCGGCGAAGGGGAGGUGCAGUGGAAGCAGGCCCCCUACUUCGAAUCUUCACUUCAGAAAGAGUUUGUCUUCCCACCAUGUAAAAGUCAAGCUUGCGAGGUUCAGAACUGAAGGCCAUAAUGUGAAAAGACUGAUGAAUGUAAGAAAAGCCAGCGGUGUCAUAUGUUCCCAUUAUUGCACCGUUGUGUCCUUUGUUUUAAGAAAAUCUACCUUCUUGUAAAGAGAGAGAGAGAGAGAGAGAGAGAGAGAGAGAGAGAGAGAGAGAGAGAGAGAGAGAGAGAGAGAGAGAGAGAGAGAGAGAGAGAGAGAGAGAGAGAGAGAGAGAGAGAGAGAGAGAGAGAGAGAGAGAGAGAGAGAAAGAGAGAGAGAGAGAGAGAGAAAUGCGGAGGUUAGCUGAAUGUCACACAAGAAAGCUGAAUCAUAAGUGAAAGGCUCAGAUAUGUAAGUGAUAAGGGUGGAGGGCUGAGGAGGUGGUGGCGUCCGUGGAUGGUAAGUGUUAACAAGCCGCAGCUUUUUGUAUAUCCUUCCUCGCUCCUGUCAUCUAGUUUCCAGUGUCUUCAUAUUCAUUACCGAGUGAAUCAUCUUGGACACUGAAGAGGUCACGUAGAGGAUUCAGUCACUGUAAUGGGUGUGUGGACUUUCGGCAAUAGCAAUCUGAUCUUUUA